CGUUUGGGCACUUGAAGACUCUAAUGACAGGAGGCUUACGUAUUUCUACUACUGCUAGAGGUGCAUUGGAUCUAUCACAGCAAAGCUCUUCUGUCAAAAUGGUGCCAAAGUCUUCAUAGCCGACACCAACAGAGAUGAUCAAAGCCAUUCCCUCUGCAAAGAUUUACGCCCUGCAGAUGCUCAGUUUUCUACUGUGUGAUGUCACAAACGAAUCAUGUGUCCAAAAUGCCAGCAGAGUCAACAGUCAGCGCACACGGAAAACUUGACAUAAUGGUAAACAAUGCUGGAAUCAUGGGAAUCACCAAAGCACCAGACUCUCUUGAUGGCGAUGCAACUGAUUUCACUCAUGUCUUUCAUGUUAUUGUUGUUGGCGCAUUUCUGGGCACCAAACCCGCUGCUCAGGUAAUGAAACCUGCCCAACUAGGGAGCAUAAUAAACAAGUCUGGCAUCUGCAGUAUCAUAAGUGGGAUGGGGCGACACGGUUACACGUGCAGAGCCGUGCUUUCUUAGAGGCCAUUGAGGCAAAGGCCUCAGGGCCCCAAAAAAGGUUAAAAAUUUAGGGCCCAUAAUUUAAAAUAUAUGUCUAUUGUACAUAUGUAUUUAAAUUAUAGAAGACCUACUUUUGUUUAAAUUCUAUCCGCUGGUGCAUUUGAAAACUCGAAAUAGCUCCAAGUACCAACCAAGUGGAACGGAAAGCCGCACAGAAGAUGUGACUUUUCAAAUGCUAAAGCUAGAAGUUUAUGGGCCCCAAUUUGAAUUUCUUUUGCACCAUCAAAAAGUCUUUUUUUGUGCUAAUCGGAGAUGAAUACUUCCUCAGGUCCCUAUUAAAGUUCCCAUUUUCCUUUUUUGGAUGCCCCUUAUUUAAGUUUACACUUCCAUUUUAGAAAACAAAACAGUGCAAAACAUUGUAAAACAUUGCGAAACAGUGCCAAACAGUGCACUCUACAAUAAAGUCAAAUUUAUGUUCUUAAUCUCUGUGAAGUCAAACUGUGAACUUUAAUAAGAACCGGAGGGAGUAAUAAGUGGUUCCAAGGUUUAUUUGAGAUCCCAUUGAUUGAUCUAUAUGUUUAGAAAAUUAAGUUUGAGCUUAAUGUAGGAUACUUAAACGAUUUGAGAUUCAGAAUUAAACAAUUUCAGUUUUUUUUUUAUAUUUACAAAUUAAAUUUUAAGGGGAUUAUCUUCUCUGAUUUAGUGACAUGUUAAUAUGAUGCAUUAGUUAGCACAUUUGUUUAACUAAUGUUAUCAAUAUUUAUAAUAUACUCUGUAUAUGAUUUCAAUAAAUUAUGUUUUCAUUUACGUUUUGUUUCAGCAUUUGUUUAACAUUUUGUGAAUUAGCUAUGUUAUCAAUAGACAAGGAGUUUAUUGAACUCCUUGAUUACGCCGACUUAAUUAACAUUUGUGGCUAAAAUUGUCAUAUUCGCCGUAACUAAUUCGUUAUUUCUAAAACAUUUGGUAUUGUUAUACUCCCUCCGGUUCUUUUUAAACUUCAGUGUUUGACUUCACAGUUAUUAAGGAAAUAAAGUUGACUUUACUGUAGAGUACACUGUUGAGACACUGUUUGACACUGUUGAGACACUGUUUGGCACUAUUAAGACACUGUUUGGCACUGUUUAGCACUGUUUAACACUGUUUUGAUGUAUAUUUCUUUGCCAAAUAAGGAAAUAAGGAAGUAUGAAGUUUAUUUUGGACCGUCCCAAAAAGGAAAGUGUGAAGUUUAUUUAGAACCGGAGGGAGUAUUAUAUAAUGUAAUAAUUUUAUUUAAUUAGUUAUUUUAUGAUGUAUCUUUAAGUUUAAAACAAAUUUACUACAUAAAAUUACAAUUUAUAGAGGUCUUUUUUUGAAGUUCGACUCAGGCCCGAAUUUAGAUAGGAUCGGCACUGUACACGUGCUUAAAACAUGCAGUUCUUGGCCUGACUAGGAACACUGCUCUUGACUUGGGUCAAUAUGGUAUCUGGGUCAACUGUGUCUCUCCUUACACAGUCCCAACAAGCAUGUCACGGGCACUCUCGGGCAUAUUUGGUUUUGCAGAGGACGAUAGGUUUGAUGUGUAUUCAAACCUUAUAAAGGCUCACAUUUGAUGCCCGAAGAUGUAGCUGAGGCUGUUUGUCUAUUUAGCAAGUGAUGUGUCUAAGUAUACGAGUGGCCACAAUCUUCUUUUGGAUGGUGGCUUUACUACUUAUUUAGCUUUACAUAUUUUGAACCGUUAAUCAUAUUAUACCACUACGGUUUAUUUGGCCUAUCAAGAAGUGAUUACGCUAUGAACUAGCGGUUAAGAGAAGUGCAUUUGACUUUCUAGCAGUUGUACGGAGAUAUGAAUCCAUGUGGAGUCUCACUGCCCUAAAAAAUGUGGAGUCUCACUGGUACCGGAUUGAAAUUGAUCUGGCAAACCACCGGUUACCACCCCAAAUCGAAAAAUUUGUUGGACUAGGGAUGGGCCGGGACCGGGCUCCGGGACUAGGACAAAAAAUUUCAGACCUGGUACCGGCCCGGGUUUGUACCGGGAUCGGGACCAGCCGGGCUUAUACCUGAUCGGGGACCGGCCCAAGACGGGACGGGCCUGGGCAAUAAAAAAAACAUAGUGCGAUCGAGCCCGGCCGGGCCGGACCUAAGAAAACGAGCCCAAUCCGCCCUUAUAGCCACCGGGUCGGGACCGGACUGAUCUCCCGACCUAAAUAGUGUCGGGACCGGGCCGGGUCGGGCCGACCCGUCCCAGUCCAUCCCUAGUUGGGAGUUGGGACCAAAUCGAACGGCUACCCUGAACCUGCUUGACUCGGGAAGUGUUCUUAGUCCUCCAAAAUGUACUGGGCUGGUUGCGGUGGUUUGAGUUUUUAAAAGUAGGCUACAAAAACAGCAAAGAAAUUUGAUUGGCACUGGCUUAGAACCGCUAUUAGAUCUGUUGGGUUUGGGCAGAUCAAAUGGAUCUAAGGAUCUUACAAUAAAUAAAAUUACAAGAAAUCGAGGGAUAUACAUUGCAAACUUUGCAGUAAGGAUGUGAGACAGUCAGAGAAAUCGAUCUCUAGCCCUAAAAGAAAUCCACUUAAAGUCUUCUCAUGACCUAUUAUAGUUAGGGUGUACCGAUCAUAUGUUGGGUUGACUAUUUGGAGAUUCAAAUCUUGCUAAGUGGUCUCUGUGUCGAAUCAUUUUGAGUACAUGAAGUCCAACUGGGUUCCCAUCAGUAAAUCUUGUACUCCGUAUAAAAUAAAGCUUUGGUUGUCUCGAACCUUUCCAUACGUGCUUGUUUCUCAAACAUGUUCUUGAUUUCAAUAGAGAUUUCAUGUGCAUGAUUCAGACAUUGUUUCUCAAGUUUGGUUUCCAUGAUCGUUAACAUCAAACAAGUGACAUCAAUAUCAUCGCGUAUAUGCCUUUCAUAUGUAUCUCUAGUGGCUCUAGGGCAUUAGCCGCUGGUGUGACAGGAAUUGUUUGGUCAAGAACACAUUCCUUACAAAUUUAAUAUAUCAAAUCAAGUAACCGAAUAUAAUAAAGAACUGACGGCUCUAUCACCACUGUUGUGUUUCAGGAAGAUCAAACAUAGUGGAAAAAUAAAAAUGUUUCUAUCUGAAAAUAACCGAACGAAUUUGAGGCUCUUAUGUAAACCGAAUUAGAAGAAAUUGAGUGGCUUACAUGACAAGAAAUAUUACUUGAAAUGUAAUAGUUUGAAACUCAUUUAUUGUGAGACAUUCUUUUCUCUCUAUGUUUUAGUUAUUUUUCCUUCUCUCUAGAUAUUACUAACAAUAUUUUGGUGAGAUAUCAUGUCCUAUUUAACCUAUAUAUAAUACUGCCUCCGUGACUCCGUCUCCCUAACAUUGGGACGGAAGAAGAUGACAGAGUUAUUAAGAAAAGUGAGUUUAUGUGGUUGAUAUUGAAUUGAAAAAGUAAAAAUAAAGUAAGAAUGAUUUAGAGCCACACAAACUUUACCAAAUUUGGUAUGAGACAAUCUUGGUGGGACUUCCUGAAAAAGGUAAAAUGGGACAAUCUUAACGGGACUGAGUAUAUAAUAAGAGCAUAAUGGUAUUCUCGUGAUACUAUUCACACCAUAAUUAACUAGUAAUGUAUCAAAUAUUUAGAUUUGUAUUAAUAAAAGUUACCACGUGCUAUCAUAUUAUUUAGUUAAUUAAAUUACGGAAGUACAAACAAUUUCUCAGAACUAAUCUCUAUCUUUAAAAACAGUUGAGAGUUGGGGCUUAAAAACAUUUCAAUUAUUUUACCGAAACUUAACGAUAUGUGAUAUUAACUCCGUCCUACUAUGUUUGGGACAAGAGAGUGUGACACAACUUUUAAGAAAAAAGGGAAUUGUUUGGUUUCAUUUUUAAAGCGUGAAUAAAGUAAGAAUGAAUUGUUAGUAGAGAUAGCAAUUUCAAACGACCCGUUGGAUACCCGCACCGAACCGAUUUGGCCAAACUGGGGAAAACCGGUUUGACUGGGGAAUGGGUACGGGGCGGGGAAUACCCGAAUUUUUUAAAUGGUUAAUAGUGUGGUUAUGGUUCUAUACUAAUCCACCCCAUUAUCCGCCCCGAAACCGCCCCGUUCACUAGUGGUGCGGGUACCCGCACCGUUACCCGAUCGAUAACAUUAUUAAUAAAUUAUAACUUUAUAUAUAUAAGAAUAAUAACUAUAUAUGCUAAAUUGUGUAUAAUAAAUAGUAUAUAUCAUAUAAAUAAUGCUAAAAAGUAUACUACUUUUUUAGGCCUAAAACUAAAUAUAGGCCUAAACCUAUUUUUGAAAUUUGGAUUCUGGGAUGAUUACUACUUUUUUAUUAUGUUACAAGAGAUAUUGGGUGCAUGUCAUACUAAUGAAUUUAGGUCAGUCUGCUUGAUUGCUUAAAUGUUUAUUUUUGUCUUUUUUAGGGUGCUUUGAAUAUAUAAAUAACAAGUAGGAUUAAAAAUUGGUUAUUCGUUUUCCCAAAAAAAGUUGGUUAUUUGGUAUCAUUUGGGGAAACGGUUACCCGUGGAUAAACCGAUUCCCCAUUGGGGCGGGUACGGUUCAAAUAAAAAUUACCCGAAUGGGUAAUGGGGCGGUUUUGGGGCAAACAUUUAUCCAACGGGGCGGUUCCGGUUUAUGUGUACCCGUCCCCGAUCCGCCCCGUUGCCAUCACUAAUUGUUAGCAUCCAAAUAUUACCAAAUAUGAUACGUGACAAAAUUAAUGGGACAAAUGAAAAAAGCAAAACGGGACAAAGUUAGGGGGAUGGAAGACUACUAGGGUAUGUUUGGCGCAAUUAGCUGAAAAGAUAUUUUUGUGAGUUUUUUAGUAACUGUUAUGUAGUACUCCCUUCGUCCCGCUAUGAUUGUCCCAUUUUAUCUUUUCGGUCCGUCCCACUAAGAUUGUCUCAUACCUUAUUUGGUAAAGUUUGUGUGGUUCUAAAUCAUUUCUACUUUAUUCUUACUUUAUCAAUUCAAUAUCAACCACAUAAACCCACUUUUAUUAAUAACUGUGCCACCUUCUCUUGUCCCAAACUUAGG